AUGGAUGCGCUCGAAGGCAUGUUUUCCGAGCUCGAGGAGCUCAGAGCCAAGCAUUCCGAGCUUGGACGCAACUUCGAAAAUGCCGCAGCUAAUCUACUUUCCUACGGCCCUGCUGUGCACUCUGAUGCUACUGUGCAACAGAUGCGACAGCAUCUGGCGCAACGCGAUGCUCAGAUCGCUGUGGAGAAGCAGACCCAGCAGAAGCUGCGAGCUGACUUGCUGGCUAUCCGGGAACAGUCAGAGCAUUUGAUGCAGCUGGUCCUCGAAGAGGCCGUCAACGGAAGCAGACACAGCGCUACCGCCAGCCAGACUCAAGCAGACUCAAUGGGAGCAUUCUCUGCAGGCCUUCAGCACCCUGCGACAGGUCAGCGCUUCGUGGCAACAGGAUCACCGCGCACGAGCGGAGCUUUGCGGUCUCGCUAUGGACAAGGUCUGCCCAGGACACAUGGCAAUCCGCGAAGAUACUGA